GGCUGCGGUCGGGGAGGCCGCGCACGGCCUGGGCACCGGCGCCCGGACACCUGCGCGCACAGGAAAAAAAAGGGGGACCCCUUUCCCCUGGACAUUGGAGCUAUGACCCUUUGGAGGUAACGCAGGAGAGAAGGGAUGCAGAAUUUUGGUCCUCGAAAUGAGGGCCCCCUCCAAGGCCUGGUAGCUUCCCGCAUUGAGACUUACGGGGGCCGCCAUGGGGCCUCUGCCCAGAGCUCCACGAGCAGUGUGUAUCCCGGAGGAGGCAUUGCUCUGGAUCCCAGUCAUGGACACAUCCAGCACUGCGUCCCCUUUGCCAAGGGUCCUGGCCAGCUCCGAGGCCUGUCCCCUUUGGUGCUGCGAGAACCAGAGUCUGAGAAGAGGUACAAAGUCCACUGGGGGGCUGGCCCCCCUCACUCUCCCAAACUCAAGGAAGUCACCAAGGCCCAUGAGCUGGAGGUGAGGCUGCACACAUUCAGCAUGUUUGGGAUGCCCCGCCUUCCCCCUGAGGACCGGAGGCACUGGGAGAUAGGAGAAGGUGGUGACAUCAGCGUGACCAUGGAGAAGUCCUGGAAGGAGCUGGUGCCUGGACACAAGGAGAUGAGCAGGCAGCUUUGCCACCAGCAGGAAGCCCUGUGGGAGCUCCUGACCACGGAGCUGAUCUACGUGAGAAAGCUGAAGGUCAUGACCGAUCUCCUGGCUGCCGGUCUGUUGAACUUGCAGCGGGUGGGACUGCUGACCGAGGUAUCAGCUGAGACCUUGUUUGGAAAUGUCCCCAGCCUGAUUCGAGCCCACCGGAGCUUUUGGGAGGAGACGCUGGAGCCCACCCUGGAGGAGGCUCGGUCCUCUGGCGAGCCUCUGGACCCCAUCAGCCUGCAAAGUGGCUUCCUGUCGUUUGGCCAGCAGUUCCAGCCGUACGUCCAGUACUGCCUGCGAGUGAAGCAGACCAUGGCUUAUGCCCGGGAGCAGCAGGACACGAACCCCCUGUUCCACACCUUCGUGCAGUGGUGUGAGAGGCACAAGCGCUCGGGAAGGCAGACGCUGGGCGACCUGCUCAUCAAGCCUCACCAGCGCAUCACCAAGUACCCGCUGCUGCUGCAGGCCGUGCUAAGGAGGAGCCCCGAGCCGCAGGCCCAAGAGGCCCUGAAUGCCAUGAUUGAGGCUGUGGAGUCCUUCCUGCAACACAUCAACGGACAGGUCCGCCAGGGCGAGGAGCAGGAGAGCCUGAUGGCUGCGGCCCAACGCAUUGGGCCCUACGAGGUGCUGGAGCCGUCCAGUGAGGAAGUAGAGAAGAACCUUCGUCCAUUCUCCACCCUGGACCUGAUGUCCCCUAUACUUGGAGUUGCCCCCAAACACACAAGGCAGCUGCUGCUGGAGGGACCUGUGCGAGUGAAGGAGGGGCGAGAAGGGAAGCUGGACGUGUACCUCUUCCUCUUUUCCGACGUGCUCCUGGUGACCAAGCCCCAGCGCAAGACGGACAGAGCCAAGGUCAUCCGCCCCCCGAUCAUGCUGGAGAAGCUCGUGUGCCGACCACUGCGGGACCCCAACAGCUUCCUGGUGAUCCACCUCACUGAGUUCCAGUGCGUCUCGAGCGCCCUCCUGGUGCACUGCCCCAGCUCCAAGGAUCGUGCUCGGUGGCUGGAGAAGACCCAGCAGGCACAGGCCGCCCUGCAGAAGCUGAAGGCAGAGGAGUAUGUCCAGCAGAAGAGGGAGCUCCUGGCCCUGUAUCGGGACCAGGGCAGGCAGUCCCCAAGCACCAGGCCCUCCACGCCUUCCGCAGAGGGCUCUCAGAGCAGCGCAGACGGGAGGACCCCCGAGCCCACCACCACCAUCCCGCUCCUGGUGGUGACUGAGGGUACAGACGAAGAGGUGCCCUCGGUACCGGACGACACCUCGGACUCUGGCUACGGCACUCUGAUCCCGGGUUCCCCCAAGGACUCUGGCUCCCCGCUGCUGAGCAGGCUCCGCCCUAGGGCCCUCCGUCGGGACCCUCGCCUCACCUUCUCCACGCUGGAACUCCGGGAUGUCCCCUUGCGCCCCCAGCCCCCCGACCCCCAAGCCCCCCAACGCCGAAGCGCCCCAGAACUGCCGGAAGGGCUACGGAGAGGGGGCAGUCUUCCCAGGGGAGAGCCCCCAUCCUGGUCUGAAGAGGAAGAUGGCACCUCGGUGCCAGGGAAUGUCGUGAUGGAGACCCUGCACAGGGCCCAGCGGCGGGGACAGCGCCCGGACUCUCCCACUCACACCGACUCUGCCGGGGAGAGCCCUUGGGAGUCCUCGGAGGAAGAUGACGGACCUCGCUCCCCAGCAUCGCACCGCCACCGCCGUCCUCUGCGGGCCGAGGACAUGCUCAGAGAGAUCCGCGAGGAGCUGGCCAGCCAGAGGAUUGAGGGCGCCCAGGUGCCUGGGGAUGGCAGGCCCCGGAGGCUGACCCGGGCCCAGCUGCAGAGGAUGAGGGGACCCCACGUCAUACAGCUGGACACUCCCCUGUCCACAUCGGAGGUGUGAGGACUGCUGCGGACCUUUGGCACUUCUCCCAGAGGAAAUGGUCAUCACUCCCACCCCCUGGACUCUACCUCAAGGACCACACUGCCCACUAAUAAUAGGCCGGUGCCGGGGUGCCUGCUGGCGAACUCUGGAGGUCACGAACUGUACAUUUCUGUAUCAUAGACAUCCCUGGGCCUCAAAUAUAAAGCUCUGCGGAAACAUGACUUGGUUGCUCAACCCGAGAUGAAGGUGGGAAGACCGAGCCCGGUUACCCGGGGCGGUGCGAGGGCGCCAUUGCGCGGGCAGACCUGGCGUUUCCAGCCUCCCAUAGACCACUCUCUUUU